GUUUUGUGUCAGUUUUUUCGCUGGGGUUAACGAUGAACGGGGUGACACGAGAAUCCCAGUUGGUCGUAAUUUUUAUUUUGGUUGCAUAUUAGGGUCUAAAUAUGGCUAGUGAAGAACACAAACGGCUAGCAAAUAUCAUAAAAGAGUGCCAUGAAGAACUGAGAAAAACUGCUAGAAAAAUAGGACCUGAGAAAGCAUGGGCGCAGCAUGUAGAGAACCUAACUCAACUCCAAACCUACGCCCAAGCAAUGGAAACGUUGGCUGGCCUCUGGGAGAAUAAUGCUGAUAUGGAAGACUCCGCUGCAAUGAGCCGCAUAAAAUGGAUAAUUGAUUAUUGCAUGUCUUACUUCCUAACGGACAAGAUUCUUGUUGAAAAAAGGACCAAAGAAGAACACUUAAACACUGUACUGGAAUUCAAUUUAGAUUUGAAAGACAAGUACCUCCCAGAGCUGGAUAAAGUUAGGCUACUUGACGUCGGAAGCUGCUUCAACCCGUUUCGUCAUGUCGCUAGCUUCGAUGUAAUUGCAAUGGAUCUAUGUCCAUCGAAUGAUUUUGUUUAUAAAGGAGAUUUUCUGAAGGUCCAGAUAAACUCAGACAAAGAACCGGUCAUUAAAAACCAUGAAAUCCAAAGCCUUCCCCGAAACAAAUUUGAUUGUGUCGUAUUCAGCCUUCUCCUUGAAUACAUGCCUGCCUCUGAGCAGAGAAUUCUUUGUUGUGAGAAGGCUUACGAGUUGCUUCGCUACGAAGGGAUCUUGAUAAUCAUCACACCUGAUUCACAGCAUGUCGGGAAGAAUGCAAGGCAUAUGAAAAAUUGGCGAUAUACACUGGCUAAAUUGGGAUUUUCUAGGAUUAAGUUCGAAAAGUUACCGCACAUAACAUGUUUGGUGUUUAGGAAGUCGCUGGCGAAAUGCCUGACCGAACGUUGGGCUGAUACGCAUAAGGAAGAGUAUAUGUCAUUUUGUAUAAAUACACCGCAGGAUUUUAAGGAUUGUGAUGAAAAUAAAAGUUGAU